UUUAUCAUGUCAAUGGCAGUAAAAGUAUAUGAAAGUCAACUGCUUACCUUUUCUUUUUAUGAAUCAUAUGCUUAAUUUUCUUUUUCCUUUUGGUACUUUAACUUAGGUACUUGAUGCUUCCCUGCCAGAUUCUAAUGCAUACUACAUACUUACUAUAUAGUUAUAUUAAUAAUUACCUAAAUGAAGCUUGAUUUGAAAUCAGCUGAUAAAGCUUGGGUUGGAAAUAAAGUUUCAUUGAAUAUGAGCUUGACUAGAAAUCAAACCUUUUUUUUUGCUUUUUGAUGACUUAUUGAUGUUCAUGGCAUCAAAACCUAUUACGGGCCAUACUAUUUUCUGGACAGUUUGCCAGCUGGCGUUGUAUGAUGGCGCUAGCAGAGCUUGUUAUAUAUCAAUGCCAGAUUCAAAUAACUAAACAUCUAUCUUUUAAUUUUUCUAUGAGUAUUGAGUGUCAUUUUACAUGUUCAUGUCCAUCUCCUACAGUGUUUAUAUCAAUAAAUAACAUAGCUAUUGUACAUCACCAGCCGGCCAGCCAGCUGAGUUUAUCCAGUUGCUAGUAGGUAAGGCCCCAUAUUACUGGCUUUGAGUAUUGGCAUCAUUUGUAGUAUUUUUUUCUUUUUUGAAUCCUAGUGGUUAAUUAUAUAAAGGAGGGUUUAUUUAGAUAUGUCUGCUGCUUAUAUAUUACUGGGUUUGCUACCUAACAAAGAUGAGAACAACUUUGUGACCAUACCAAAUACCAUGCGGCAAGUACCUACUCAAGUCAAAUCACAUCCUGUCUCUGUCAUGUACCCACCAACGAACCUGGCAGGGACUACAUUGUCUGACACACCUCUGAACUUCAACAGCAGCUCCCACAUGGCAGACACAGGGGUGGCACGGCUGGACGCCAAGGUGCGUCAGGGCCAGGAGAUCCUGGCCCAGCUGAAGCCUCUAAGGCACAUUGAAGGCUGUGACAAGCUGGCGCGGAAGGUCAGUGCUGAGUUGAAGUUUCUGCAGAAGCUGCAGAGGAAGCCGCACAUGCUGAAGGAGGACCACCUGCGCAGCAGCAACAUGGAGAGCCUGCAGGCGAUCGCCGACACGCUGUCGGCCGCUGAGGGCGCCGUGGCGGUGCUGGCCGCGUUCACCUGCCCCGAGACGGGCGAGCGUGUUGUGGUGGACGUGGUGGCCGCCGGCGGCGCCGAGUGGGUCAAGGUGAUCUCUCGGAACCCGGCGGCGCUGCAGCGCGUGUCGCUGGGCCAGGGAGAGUUCGGCCAGCGCUCCACUCAGGAGCAGGCCGAGCGCUACCUGGCCGCCGCCGACGGGAACCGACACUACUUCCGACCGCCGACGGUCCGGUUCGUGUUCUCGGCGGGCGUCGGCCGCCGGCUGGCGGAGCGACUCAGGGCCCGCGGCGUCACCGUCACCGGUCAGUGCAUCGACGACGAGCAGCUGGGAGUAGCCGCCGACUCCGACUCCGACUCGGGCUCCGACUCCAGCGGAGAUGAGCUGGAGGAAGAGCGGGAGGAGACGGCGCCGCUAGAUCAGGAGGAGGGGGAUAACUCGGAUGAAAGAGUGUCCGCCACGCUUGGAUCUCUAUCACCCGACUCCGGUCUGAACCUGGACGUGACGGCGAUGCUGGCGUACGUGUCGAACCUCACCAACGGCCACUGCCACGCCUCCUUCUCCGAGCCGGUGCUGUCUCAGCAGGCCGCCUGGGAGCGCGAGACGCCCGUGAAGCCCGCCCUGGACCGCCUGUUCGCCGGACGGCAGCUCGUAUGCUGCCGUUCCGCCGAGCGGGCGUUCGUCUCCAUCGUGAACACGGUGGGCGGGCCGAGCGAGCAGGCACGCGCGCGUCUCCUGCUGCAGCGACUGCAGGUGGUGGAGGACCGCACGGCGCCGGCCACCGCUCUGCUCGCGGCGCGCGGAAAGGUGCGCGGUCGCUCGGCGGCUGUGUUCGGCACCGGUGAGGCGCUGCGCAUCCCCACCGUGACGGCUAACACUGGCUUUGUGCGCGCCGCCGCCGGACAGGGUGUGAAGUUAACGGCUCUCACCCAUGGCUCCCGAGCGCUGACCGAGGCCAAGGAGCACCCAGCUGCCGAGGGCGGGCCGGCAGCGGAGGCCGGAGGCACACAGCCGGUGGAAGAUGAAGGAAGCUCCAGCAGCGACACGAGCCCGCCGAGCUCCGACGUAGACGAAUCAGUUCCCGGGUCACUGGACGCAGUGGCGCCGCUGUCGCAGCCGAGCCCGCUGCCCGUGUUCUAACUGUGACGAAGACUGGCAGCCCCAUUGGCAGUCUUUUGCAGCGUGUGUGUGUGAAAUUGAACAGAGUGAAUGUCCGCCGUCUUUAUUUUCAGAUUGAGCCAAAGCUGUUGCUUAUGUUAAUCAUGGAGGAUGAUUCUGAUUCUGAUGAGUAUGAAUUUGCGAAGUGCAACAUAGCGCUUCUAAAAGAGACGAUUCGUGAAUUGCGCGCGAGUGACACGCCACACGCCAAGUGGCCCUUGUUGCCCGGUCUUCGGGAUGAAUGGGAGCUCUGCGCUGAGACCGAGGAUUCGAGCUCGCCCACAGCCUCCGCCAGGAAGCGCGCUUUAUCUUCCAGCUCCGGCACCAACGUGAAACGAGCUCGCCGCCUGUCUGCGCCCUCCUCCGACCCAGAGGACUCUGCCGGGAGUGAUGUCGCCUCUGAGGCUGACCUCCCCGGCUCCCCGGCUGCCCCGCCGGCCCUGGACACCCCAGCUGUCGCCCGUGUUCCCUCCGACCCGCCACCACCCUCUAGUAGUGAGCUGACUGUAACCGCCGCGCCGGCCGGUGGAGGGACCACCGGUGCCGCCGACGGCCCGGUGGCAGCGGUGGACGUGGCAGCGCUGGAGUCUCAGCAGCUGACAGAUGCCAGUCACCUGCGGCUGGAGCCUAACCUGGUACUGGUGGCUGCUGAUACUGCGCUGGAUGCCCCGACCGCCGCCCGCUGGCUGCAGCACACGCUCACACCCAAGCUGCUGUCCGGUGAAAUGCCGUCCGCGGAGCUGGUCUCUGCUCUGGUCGGCCUGUCCGGCCGGCACCCGGAACAGAUCAUUGAGCACUGUCUGCUGCCUCUGACGGCUGGAGAGCUACUCACCUGUGACGAUCUGGCCACCCGACUGGUCACCGAGGGACUGCAGGAGACCCACCGGAUGCAGCUCGUCAGACGUCUGUGCGGCCGGCCGUUGUCCCCUGCAGCCGUCUCUCUGCUGCUCUCACUCCUGCCCGUCUGUCCACCCUCCGCUGAUCUGGCGGCCACCCUCACCGACCGACUGGAAUCCUCAGCCGCCGAGGAGCAGCACCGCUCCAGCGCCGCGUUCGCUCGGCUCCUGCUCCUGACAGUACAGCGGACAGGCCAUCUACUGGACGCCGGUGAGCGGGCGCGGCUGGCGGCGGCCGCUGAGCGGGGUCGUACCGCGCUCAGGAGAGCCGUCCAGGCGGCGCUCAGAAAACUGGAGUGAUUGAGGUGAUGCAGUGUCUGGAAGAGGGGAGUGCAGUGAUCUAGGGUCAGUGAUAGGGUGUGUAGAGGGUGAGCGGGUGAAGUUUCAGUGAGUGUGACGGUGGCGCUGACAGUGGCUGUGGAAGCGUGGCAGCGGGUCGGAUUGUGUGUCCGGGUCUGUUGUGUGCUGGUCUAGUGGUAUGGUGGCUGGUUGUGCUGUGUUGACUGCUGGGUUCCGAGAUGUGCUGGCCGUGCGUCUGUGAUGCUGGGUCAGGACAGAGCAGUUUACUGUGUGUUGUAGGGCGAGUGGCGCUCGGGCGGGCUCUGUCCCUGGUACGCGUCUGUAGUGGGCCGGAGCUCUAUCAGAAGCCGGGGCUGCCAAGAGUCGUUCGUGAUGUCUGCCCGUCCAGCUGGGUGUAUGAUGCAUGCUCAAUUACCCACGGUACCAGAUGGGCGCCACUACAGGACGUGACGUCCGCUUCUCGACCUCAGGCAGGCAGCUGGUGUGGCGACAUUGCCUCCCGGCUGUCCUACAACGCAGGGUUCUAGCUCACUACCUGGUGAAUAAGCAGAGGGGCUAUUUUUUGUUUAACCCUCCGUUGUCCGUUUAUCCGUUGUCCAAAACCCCAAUGUUUCGGACAGCGCGUUCUUGCUUCUCGGUCUUCGUUCGGCUGAGCCCUUGAUGCGCGAGCGUGUAACAUUGACCUGCAAUGGGGGUUUACCUCACCGCCAGAGCCUCGUGAUUUACGGACUAGCAAUCAACUGGGGCUCGCCGGUCGGCCUCUGAGGUAUCUACGGCUAAAUUGUGAUAGGUGGAUGACAAUAGCGUGCAUAAUACUAGUGGGUGUUCACGAGGGUGUACAGCCGCGUUGCUAGUAUUUUUGGUUGUCCUGACAUUGGAAAUACCUCCACCCUCCAUAUUUUUCUUCUCUCUACGGGCCGCCGCCCUGUCCGGUGAUAUUGCUCCAAGUUUCGGUUGUGUUGGCUGUGUGCGGUGAAGUUCAGUUACUUCUUUGGUGUCAUAAUAGGUCAAGGGGAGGGUAUGUGCCACACGCGAUGAUGGGUAUUUGAGCGCGGUGUGUUUCAGCCACAAAAUGAGAAAAGACAAUAUAUUUGCGCGCUACGACUGCA